GGAGGCAAAUCCAAGGCACUUCCGCAUUGGCUUCGCUUUUCCAGAACCGGUGGUGAAACAUUCGCUCUCUCUCUCUGCUCGACUUGUCCCCACUGGAGUCUCCUCGUCCCCCUCCGGAAAAAUGGCAACAACCGUGACACUAAACACCGGCGCGCAAAUCCCCAUCGUGGGACUUGGCACGUGGAAGUCUCCCCCUGGCAAGGUGAGCGAGGCGGUGAAAGCGGCCAUCUCAGCAGGCUACAGGCACAUCGAUGGAGCGUACGUCUACCAGAACGAGGCGGAGGUGGGAGAGGGCGUCCACGCCAUGAUCAAGGAUGGCGUGGUCAAGCGGGAGGAUCUCUUCAUUGUUAGCAAGCUGUGGUGCACUUUUCAUGAGAAGCCUCUGGUGCGGCAAGCCUGUGAGAAGACCCUCAGCGAUCUUAAACUGGACUACUUGGACCUCUACCUGGUGCAUUGGCCGAUGGGUUUCAAGCCCGGCAGUGAGCUUUUUCCUCUGGACGGCGCAGGAGAGACCAUCAGUGAUGGUACUCACUUCCUGGAGACAUGGGCGGCAAUGGAAGAGCUGGUGGAUGCUGGUCUGGUCAAAGCGAUCGGUGUCUCCAACUUCAACAAGGAGCAGAUUGAAGCCAUUCUCAACAAGCCAGGCCUGAAAUACAAGCCUGCCAACAACCAGGUGGAGUGCCACCCGUACCUGGCUCAGGAGAAGCUGGUCAACUUCUGCCACUCUCAGGGCAUCUCUGUGACGGCGUACAGCCCCCUGGGCUCCCCCGACAGACCCUGGGCUAAACCUGACGACCCCUCGCUGCUGGAAGAUCCAAAAGUGAAAGCCAUCGCUGAGAAGCACAAGAAGACUUCGGCUCAGGUCCUGAUCCGCUUCCAAAUCCAGAGGAACGUGAUCGUGAUCCCCAAGUCCAUCACACCUCAGCGCAUUCAGGAGAAUUUCCAGGUGUUUGACUUUGAACUAACCGCGGAGGAAAUGAAGACUAUAGUGGGAUUCGACAGGAACUGGAGAGUCUGUCCUAUGCAAUGGAGCUUGAAGCACAAGGACUAUCCUUUCAACGCUGAAUUCUGAAAUGAAAGAAAAUCCUCAGGUUUUCCCACAAGUUGACUUCUAGGUCUGGAGUUUGCAUCAGCCAGCAUUAAUCUACUUAAUUUGCCACUAUCAAGUGCAGUUUGCAAAAUAACUAUUGACGUGGUACAUUUCCCAUGAGAAAUAUUGAUUUAUCCAAUAAUAGUCAUUUUAUCUCCACUAAAUAGUGUUUACUGAUUAAAUGCUUAAAUGAGUUAGAUUUUGCACAAAUAUAAUUGAGUGCUCAUAUAUUUUCAAUUUUAUAAUGUGAUUUUCUGUCCUAAUAGCCGGCAGCCAAGUAGCUCGCUUGAUUUUUUUAUUUUUUCCGUGUUGCCUUGCCAUAGUGAAUUACAUUGUGGUCACUGUGUUACUUAAAGUACCUCCCGAAGCUAAAUGUUUCACGUUCACUAACUCGCGUUAAAGUGUGUAACAGGUCUGAGAAUUAGCGCCGACAUCAGUCAUUUGUAGUUUUGCAAUAAGCACAUGUUUCAAUUUUAUUCUCAUAAAAGAUCAAAUCUGUAUUCAGGUGACGCACAUUUUUCAUCGCACAACCGUGAUCAUACUUCAGCACUCCUCAUUUAACUCAACCUGUUUCUCCUUCAUGUAAGCACUUAUACAUUUACAUAUAAACUCAAUGCAAAUUAAAACCCCUGUUUACAACCUAAGACAAGUCAAAGUAUGUUCUGCUUUUUACGAAGCAUUUCCCAUAUUUACUUGCAUGUCAUAGAUGGCACUUGAACAUCACGUGUAUUGACGCUAUUACGAAAUGGUCACUUCCACUUCUCCGGGGGAAGCUGUUUCUUGUUUUUUUUCAAGAAUCAAAAUAAAUCCCUGUGGUAAAAA